AUGGGAAAGCUAUUGUGGAGCCAAUGGGGGAGAUUAAUCGCUCUUACUGCAGGAGUUUUUGAAAUUGUAGGAGGUGUUUUUGGAAUUUUUUAUCGAUUGUCAACGUUCGAACAGUUCACUGGGAUUUUUAAUCCAUUAAUUCUUAAAUUCAAUUAUCUUGCAAUAUCUUGCAUGUAG